CGCUACUCCUGCCACUUUUGGAGCUAGAGCAUCAAACUCGGCAUUUAUGGCGCAAGGGAAGAGAAAAGGAGCUACCACGCGGCGCAGUUAGAUACUCUUCCAAAGUUGUUGCAAUUGAGGAGGAUGGCUACUUCAAGCUCUUGCAUUUAGCAGAUGGCUCCACACUUAAAACUAAGGUCUUGAUAGGUUGUGAUGGAGUGAACUCAGUGGUAGCAAAAUGGUUGGGCCUGAACGAACCAAGAUUCACGGGGCGUUCAGCUUCGAGAGGUUUUGCUGAGUUUCCUAAUGGCCAUGGCUUCAAACCUGAGCGUAUGCAAUAUUUUGGAGAAGGCAUACGUACAGGUCUAGUGCCUUGUAACGAGAGAAUUAUUUAUUGGUUUUUUACUUGGACUCCCUCUGAGCAAGAAAAGGAAGUGGAAGAAAGUCCAUUGAAAAUGAAACAAUAUAUAUUGAGUAAGUUGAAGCAUUCCAAGAUGCCAAAAGAAUUCAUACAUGUUAUAGAAAUAAGCGAACUCAGUGAUCCAGUCUCAGCUCCAUUAAGAUAUAGGUGGCCAUUUUCUUUGUUGUGGGGGGAUAUAAGCAAAGGAAAUGCUUGUGUAGCCGGAGAUGCGUUCCAUCCCAUGACCCCUGAUUUAGGUCAAGGAGGCUGCUCAGCACUUGAAGAUAGCAUUGUUUUGGCCAGAUGCUUAGGUGAAGCCCUUUUGCGGGGACACAGUGGAGGAGCUAAAGGAGAGUAUCACAAAAUUAAGAAGGGCCUAGAGCAGUAUGCUAGGGAGAGGAGAUGGAGAAGCUUUCAGUUGAUUACUACAGCUUAUGUCUUGGGCCGUAUACAACAAAGUGCUAGUGCAAUCAUGGGCUAUCUUAGGGACAAAUGGUUGUCUGGUACAAUGUCCAGGUUGCUCUUAGAAAGAGCUGAUUUUGAUUGCGGGAAGCUCUAAAGCUAUUAAUAUUGAGUUCGUAUGUCAUAAUGUAAUUGGAAGUGUUGCAGAAUUAUUAAUCAAUAUUUUUCUUUAUGCAACAGAAUUUAAAUAAAAGCUCCAUUAUUGGGGCGUUUGUAGGCCAAUCCAUGGGCCUGAAUCUAUAUUAGUUCAAAUUCAAUCACAUAGAGAUGCUUAAUCCACAUUAGUUAAUUGA